AUGACAAUCGGGGUACUGCGCAGUCGACAGGCCCUCACAACCAGCGCAGUCUUUACGUCUUUAGCCACGUUCUUCGUGGUCAUUCGCAUAUAUACCAGGGCAUUUCUGGUGAAGCAAAUGGGUGCAGAUGACUGGACAAUCCUCGUGUCGCUGGCCUUUAGCUGGGCUUUCUUCGGCGUUUUUGUUGGAGAAACCGCAAAUCUUAUGGGAGAACAUUAUGUCGAUGUCCCUCAUAAAACGUUCAUCAAACAGAUGAUUUUCUUCUGGGUCUCAGUCCCCAUCUACCAAAUCAGUCUUUUCACGACGAAAGCCUCAAUACUCCUACAAUAUAAACGGGUCUUCUCGACUCCGCGAAUGCGUCUUGCCUGUUACUUUCUAAUCGGUUUCCUGGCAUUAUACGGCGUUUGGACGAUCAUGAGCGCAUGGCUAAAUUGCAUUCCUGUUGCCCGGUUUUGGGAUGAUAGUAUAAGCGGCUACUGCCUUGACAAAAAGGCGCUUUGGUUCUCGAAUGCGGCGAUCCAUAUUAUCACCGACGUCAUUAUUUUGAUAUACCCGAUGCCAGUCUUGAAGAACCUUCAGCUGCCACGACGACAGAAGAUUGCUCUCAUGGCCGUUUUUGCGCUCGGUGCUUUUGUCCUGGUCACCAGUAUUCUUCGCCUUCAGAGUUUACUUGUCAUAUCUGAAACCACAGACCCAACCUACGACAAUGUCGGCGCCGCCACCUGGUCUGCGAUCGAAUGCAACGUCGCCAUAAUAUGCGCCAGCCUCCCAGGAACCCGUGCCUUCGUCUCGCGCCUCAUUCCCCGAAUCUUUUCUACCCGCAGCAGCGGCUCCAAAACUAGGAGCAAAAGCGCGGCAAACCGCAACGCUUGCACUCACCGAAACACGAAUUCCAUGCCCUUUCAAACAUCAAGUUCUGUCAUUGGGGGUGCGCCAGACUACCGGUUGCAGGAUCUGGACCCGCGUCAUGAACGUAGUGAUGUCAAGGACGGAGCGGAUGGCGGUUAUAAUCCGGAGAGUAUUAAUGUCACGACGAUUCUGUCGCAGGAAAUUAUGGAUAGCCAUGGGAGUCGGAGCGCGCCAGAUGACGAUUCUAGCGUGCGGAGGCUGGUCGAUAAAUGA